CUGACAAGCAAAAAUGAAAAAAUGGGUGAAAAGAAGGGUGGCUCCAGCCCAAGCUUCAGGAGGAUAUGGAAAUGGCGGAGAAGACGUCUACAAAACCUCGGUUUCCGCCAAUCGAUCCCAACACCGCGGGGACAAUGUUAUUUUCAAGACUGAAGCCCAUCAGUCCACUGAUGAAGAAAACGCCCUAAGUUUCACUGACAUUGUGGACGAAGAUGAACGGACAACAGAGGGGAGGGUACAACGUGUCUUUGUCGGUUGGUUUGUGGACAGCCUUGCAUUCAGACUUGCCAUGCUGCUUGUUAUAUUACUCAACUGCCUUGUCAUUGGAAUACAGACAGAUCGAUACCUAGAGGAUAACUAUGGAGCAGUGUUUGUGGCUCUGGACAAGCUGUUUCUGACUGUAUUUGUACUGGAG